AUGGCUGCGAGUGACCAACCCGGAGGCCACGACCGUGAGCCGCCCGGUAGACCACCGAGGCUGGUCUCGGACUACUUCAAGCCAGGUCGGCAAGAGAAAGUCACCUCCAAUGAGGAAAAUGAAGACGACAAGUCAACCAGCAGUGGUGAUUCUGAAAAUUUGGAUCUCUCAUCCGAAGCUCCCAGAGUCACAAGAUCUGGCCGUCUCAUAGCUCCUGCUCAAAGACGUGCUGGUAGACGUGUCACUUCAAGAGCUUCCUCAAGAGCAUUCUCGUCAAGAGGUGACUUGACUGCAACUUCCAGAGUUGCCGGUCCUUCUCGUAUUGCUGAGUCUUCUCGCCCACCCUCAUCUGGUUCCAGCAGACGCCCACCAGCCAAGCGGCCUCAAGUCGCUAUCGACAUCUCAUCGGAUUCAGAGUCGGAAGAAGCUGAAGCUGGACCUUCAACUCGUCCAGCAAAGAGAUUCAAGACUUCAUCGGUUAUCCCACGACGUGAACCGUUGUCUGAAGCUGAUUUUGAAAAUGAGGAAUACGCCCCUGAUCCUACUGGUUUGAAGGAGGAAAAGUCUGUCAGACCUAGUGCGACGCUCUUCCAGAAUUUUGAGACCUACAACCAGGACAGAGUACAAAGGGCGUUUCAAGGCAUGCAAGUCGAACUCUCGAAUGAUCUGGUUUCGCCGCGAACAGAAGGUAUUCGACAGUCCCUCGACGUUCUUCUCAGUUUGCCCAAGAAGUACGAAUAUCAGCAUCUAGUUCAGUCUCACCAAACGACACCUCAAGGACCACGUGCGACUUCACGCGGGAAAGAUACAUGGAACCUCAUGGCCAAAGGUUCAAGACGAAGUGAAUUGCUCAUGGUUGGAAGGCUUUCGCAGGCUGAGUACACGCGACAAGAAGCAACCAUUAUAUGCGAGGCAUUUAUCGAAAUUCUCAACCGUUGGCCAGGAAAUCUAAAUGAUAUCACAUCCCCUACUGCACGCUUCAGAGCUAGCACAUCACAGGGUAGUCGCUUGAUACUUGCCUGCCGUCAUAAGCAACUGCCUCACAAACGCAUUGUUUGCCUUACUCCAUCAUUCUUGGCGGCGAAACCUGUAUCCAAGGACUUGAUAAAUAGAGAGCCUCGCUUCAAUUCUGGGAUUCAGGUGAUGGAUCCCACUACAUACAAAAUCAGGGUUGAUCAGAAGGUUGCCGGCCAUCGUCUGCUUCAAAAUUCAAGCCCCAUCCCUGAGCUAUCGGACAGAUAUCAAUUCGUCAAGUUCGAUCCUAGCGGAGAUUUCAAAAGGGUCAUUAUCAAGCAGCCUCCGGGUCCAGGCCAACCUCCGUCAUUUGAAUCGCUCCUGCCAAACGAGGAAGAUCUUCCGAUUGAUCAAGCACAGAGGGAAUCGCUUCUAAGAGCUGAACGAUUGCUCCGGUUAUAUUCUGCUUCAAUCACUAACCAAGGAGGUAUACUCGACAACGCCGCAUGCAACAACAUUUGGACGAAUCUUCUGGAGAAGUACGGUUGCAAGGUUCAUCGUGACAAAGCCGCCGGCCGAGGAACAUUCGGCGGGUAUAAUCUUAUGCGCGUGAAUCCCACUUAUGAUUCAUUCUGCACUCAUAUCGACCCUGGUCUCCAAGUACAGAAAAGGCUCCGUGAGGACCAUGGCGUAGAGCUGCCCAAGAUCAUUGUCCGAUCGACAGACCGUGCUUGGUCUCUGAGUAUUGAGCAGACUAUCUCUGAUACUUGGUUGACGGAGGCUGAUAUUCUGAAAGCAUGGACAAGAGGAGCUGAAGAAGCUGAUGGUGUCAACCAAGCCAUUCAAAGUCAAGAGAAGCCCCCCUCUGCAUGUUCGUGUACCCCAGAAAUGUCAACCAUUCAGAGCCACCCUUGCGCGCGAUGUGGCCAAUCUUUCAUCUGCAAUCAACUUGUCCUGAGUGAAUUUGUCUCUCGACGAAUGUGCAGACCCUGCAACUCUCAUCUGAUGCAACGUCCGCCAGGUGGCCAUUUGAUGGAAUACAUCCGAUCAAAACUUACUCACAUGCUGCGAAUGGAGAGGCUGAAAAGUCGAGGUAUCAUCACGGAGGCUGAGAGCGCUCUGAACCUCGAGGAAUGUAUGAAGACUAUCCAAGAGGUAUGGCCAAACAAGGAAGACAUUUCCAAAGCGAAUAUCCCAAUCGGCUCUGCGUGGCCCGAUCGAUAUUCAGGUAAAUUACAAUCAUUACCCUUGGAAAUUACCUCCAGAUCCCGAACACAACAUGACCGACCUAGUGUUGAUGCGACCUAUCCUGUCUGGCUCACUGAGAAUGGAUACAGAAUCCAUUGUCCUCAAAACAUCAGUCUUACUCUCCAGGGCUUGAACUACGCAAAGCAUAUCCAGAUCCCAGCGUAUUUGGCCAUGGUGUGUUGGUUUACACAUGAACGUACUCGGUUAGAACAGAAGUACCUAGACGACAUCCAUGGUCCCCAAGCCAGGGCUGAGCUUGACAGUCUCGAAACCAAGAUGGUCAAGAUUUCCAAGCGCCUACGCAUCAUCCGUUUGACUUUCGGCUGGACGCAAAAUCGCCGUCUCAAGAAAAAGGUCAAAAGAAACACUCAAGAAGAUUUCGAUUUCGACAUCGCUCCUUGCAUCUCUGGCCAGCCACAUCCUGAACUUCAGCGUUCAAUCGAGCGUCUUGACUCCCGUGUCAAUUUCAUACAAUCCUCCGGUGGUCGUUUCAACUGGCCAGAGGCUGAGCUGGCUCGAGUUCGGAGGGUGGCCGAGGAGAUCAUGGACUAUUUCAGUGUGAAGCUACGUAGAGGAAACGAUGGAUGUCCCUACUUUGCUCACCCAGAGAGCUUCCCCGAGAAAUGGAACUGGAAUAUUGCGUUGCGCCUAUCUUCUGAAAGGCUCAUACGUAUGAGGAGACUCUGUAAUCGCCAAUGGCCAACCUAUGACACAGUCGAGACUAUCUUCCUUGAAUGUGUUUUCCAAGCUUGCGUCGUCAAAUGUAUCCUGGAUCGCAACGACGUCCACUAUGAACAGAAAAGGCAGCUCAGGGAGAAGUACAAGUCUAUUCUCGGGUUACCGAUUUCCAUUGCUUACUAUGACGGGCUAACAUUCGCCAUUGGUCAUCGCGAACAUGGCAAAGGCAUGUUUUCAGGCUGGCCUGCCAAGCCAGUUAGUCUCAAGGAACGCCUCGAUGGCGAUGAUGAGAACAACAUGUUUGUCGAGCCACGCACUGAGAACUAUCUGAAAUUAGACUACGAUGCCUCUGUCUACCCCCAGCUGAAGAAAAUGAUCAUGGAGGUUGAUCUUCCGAAAGAGGUCUAUGACAAGACACACAAGCCUAAAGAUCUCUCCAAACAAAGCCUUGAAGAGGUCAUGUGGAACGGUGAAGAGGUCGACGAAGAUUUGAUCCAGCAAGCUCCAGGGGUUUUUGACUCCGGCCUAUCUUGGCCUGGUGAAGAGGUUCUUGAACCUGAAGGCUAUGGAACACCUAUCGGUGACACUCACAAAAAGUCAAAAACUCUCGAAAAGAAUGUUUCUCGUUGUGGACUUUCUGAAAAGGCAUUUGGAAAGAUGCCCGUACGAACCCGUUCCCUCGAGUCCCAAGCCGAAUCUGUCGUCGAAGAGCCUCCCAUGACCGAAAUAGAGCAGAAGUACGCGGAGCUACUGAAGCACAUCGAGCAGCACGAUUUAGACGCCUCCGCUGAUUUGGGUUUGAGCACCCUGUUGAACAAUCUUCGAGAUGCCAAAGACCGCGGCGACGAACAGGGCUUCAUGGCUGUCCUUGCUGUGUUGUACGCCGAAUUGGAAUGA